CAAACUGCGUGCUUAAUCCCUCCUGCCGGUCCAAGCCAAGCUACAAUGGCGUCGUCCAACAAGGCCUGCGCCGCCGCCCUCCUCCUCCUCCUGGCCCUCCUCGCCGUCGCCACGGCGGCCGUCGCGGCGAAGGACAUCAUCGCGUCGGAGCCCACUGUCAUCCCGCGGUCGGCGGAGGUGGACGUGUCGGCGACGUGCAUGGGGUCGCUGCUGGCUCUGAGCCCGUGCCUGGCCUUCUUCAGGGACGCGGGCACGUCGGAGGCGCCGGCGGGGUGCUGCGAGGGCCUGGGCAGCAUCGUCAACGACCAGCCGGCGUGCCUGUGCCACAUCUUCAACCACACCCUGGAGCGGGCCAUCGGGGUCGACAUCCCCGUCGACCGCGCGCUCGGCCUCCUCGGCAGCGUCUGCGGCCUCACCCCGCCGGAGGGCCUCAUGACCAGCUGUGGCAACGCCGGCGCCGUGCCUCCGAUGUACUUGUGCCCAGCGCCCUCGGCCUGAUAACCAUCUAUGAUCUAUCCAGGUGCAGGAGGAGAUACGUGAGUGAAAUAACCGUCGAGACUCACGGAUCAGCUACCGCCCCUCUUGGAAGUUGAAGAAGGAUAUGCAUAUACGAAUGCAACUUAAUUAUAGAUACUCCAUGUUACUAGUUGGAGUUUCGGAUUAACAACACAUGGAACGGAUAUAAAUAGCACUAGCCACCAACAUGCCACACUUUGGCUACAGAUGUAUGUACUGUCUCCACGCAUAAUGAUAAAUAAAUAAAUAAGAAAAUGUAUCACCUCGAGU